UUGUCUUACUUCAGAGUUCUUCCGGUUUUUUACUUCUUCCUUGUAUAUAUUUUAGGUUCCCCGGGCCAUUUUUUUGCUUCCGCCUCGGUCAGCAUUAAACCCUACAGGUUCCCCGGCCCAUUUAAUUUACUUCCGCCUCGGUCAGCAUUAAACCCUACAGGUAUUAUAAUGCUAGGAUUGAUUUGCCUUCUUGGACAAUUCCUUCAUUUCGACGACCUCCAUUCGGGCUCGCUUUGCCUUACUCCUGACUGCAUUACUCUUCACCCAAUUGAUGUUCGCUCUGUACCUGAGUAG